GCGACGGCGACGACAACGGCGAGAUGCGCGAGUUCAAAGUGGUGGUCCUCGGCUCGGGCGGGGUGGGCAAGAGCGCGCUCACCGUCCAAUUCGUGUCCGGCUGCUUCAUGGAGAAGUACGACCCGACGAUCGAGGAUUUCUACCGCAAGGAGAUCGAGGUGGACAACUCGCCGUGCGUGCUCGAGAUCCUCGACACCGCCGGCACCGAGCAGUUUGCGUCGAUGCGCGACUUGUACAUCAAGAAUGGCCAGGGCUUCGUCGUGGUCUACAGCCUGACCAAUCACCAGACCUUUCAGGACAUCAAGGCGAUGAAGGAGCUCAUCACGCGCGUCAAGGGCACGGAGCGCGUGCCGGUGCUGCUCGUGGCGAACAAGCUGGACCUGGAGCACCAGCGGGAGGUCGGCACCGAGGAGGGUCACCAGCUCGCCCAGCUCUGGGGCUGUCCGUUCGUCGAGGCCAGCGCCAAGAACCGCACCAACGUCAACGAGAUGUUCGCCGAGAUCGUGCGCGAGAUGAACUUCAGUCCCGAGAAGGAGAAGAAGACCUACUGCUGUUGCAGCGUCCUCUAAUACUUAAUCAAAAUCCACCGUCGCCCGGAUUGUUUACCCGCGGAUUACCGUACUAAGGUGAUGGAGAUGUACAGUGUGUACAGUGCUUCGGGUUCGCCGGCCCGUCUCUACGCCGUUCCGCUACCGUUUCCCUCGCAGCUGCCGCUCGGCCUGCCGAGGAGCGUGUCGAGGGAGGAUACAGUGUACAGUGGCUUACGGGCAGACCCCUCGUCAGCGUGCUUCGUCGUCCUCGAGGAGCCUCUUCCUCGAACAACCAUCCUUCGGAGGCCCCUGCGACCUCGGGAUGCGCCGCGCAUCCCAUCAGAGCCGAGCUUGUGUCGGACGCUGUACGAAUUUUCCAAAAUGGGAACUGCGCUUCUCCCCUUUUCUAACUCUCGGAAGACCGUCCGGCGAGCGGCGACCGUUAAACACAGAUAUUUUAUUAUAACGCGAAUAGUAUUAUGUAUGUAAUAUUAUUGUAAUAUAUAUACAUAUAUACAUAUAAAUAAUAUAGAUAGGAUUUAAGGGAAAGAGAAAGAGCGAGCGAAAGGUAGCUUUUCCUCGGCAAAAGGACCAAUACUCCGCUCGCGCGCGAAAGGAGAAGGCGUCGAAGAACCGUAAAACCAAACUCGAUCUAUCGGCUUUCUGCUCAAUUUCAGACAGAACCAUCGCACGUAGGUUCGCGUUCUGGCAAAUCGAGACUAGGUGCCGCGCAGAAAAGAUAAAAAGUUAUUCGCAGACUUUGAAGGAAUCACUGUGAUGCUCGUUCUAGCAUGGUGAUAAGUUCGGCGAUAGCGAGUCAAACGUUUGACCGAGGGCUUAAUCCCAUGCGUCGCACAAUUUGUACGCAGUCGCGCCCAGGCUUACGCGAUCAAGUCCAUCUGACUCGACGAAAGUGGUUCGGUUUCGAGAGUACUCUUCUCUGUGCAAUUGUUCUGUGUUAAUUUAAGCUAAGGAGGCUGAUUAGCGAGAUACCGUCUGAACAUUUUUGUACGAGACGUUAGUGAAUGAAACAUUUGUAACACAGGGUGUCUCACCUAAUUUCAUUAUUUGAAAUGUCUUCGUUGUUCUUAAGGAUAAAAGUGUUUCAGAAACAAAUCCGAUUUGAGCGAGACCGCUCUAUAACGGUAACGUUUGUUGUCCCCUCGAAUCAAAUUUGUUUCUCAGACAGAUUUCCAAAAAUGUUCCGAGAUAUUUCAAAUGGUCGAAUACCAUCCUGUAAUGUCGGUUGUACAGUCCUAACAUUGAGCUAUUUUACUGUGCGUAAAAGGAAAGGCACUGAGAAUGUAGUUUUGUACGCGACACCUCAGUGGUUAACGGAUAACCCAGCUGUUGUGAGAUUUCUUGUGAUCCAUUUUCUAGCAAAUACUAAUAUCUUACUUUUGUUUCGCUUUAAUGUCUGUUCCGAGUUGUUUGAUACAAGCGCAGUACCGUAUUUGCAAACUUUAGGCGCGCCGAACAAGUGAGCAAACCAAUGUCGCGGUUGAUUACAAAAUCGAAUUUCAAUAAACUAAGAGCCAGAGCUGAAGACUUGCCUUUAGUUCGUUGAAAUCUAACGUUGCAGAUAAUAUUAUUGUAUCGGAGGAUAUUGCGGGAGACACGUUUUCGUAAAGAGCUAAUGAUGUCAAUCUAAACUCGUAAUUUGUAAGCUUUGUACGGUUAAAAAAAAAAUUUGUACUACAUAGGCCGCAAGACUGCACACUCGAUCAUCAUGGGAUUGAUGACGGUUUUGUUCUUUAAACGAGUGAUCUUACACACCAAUGACAGAGCACAAUAGUAGAAUUAGAAAUCUCCGGAAGGUGCGCCGGUUUCGCAUUGAUCCCUUCAACUGCAAAAUCACGUACGUGCUAUUAUAUUCGUCGCUCAUAACGAUGACACCGAUGUGAAAAGUAUCGUAAUGGAGCAAGACUGUGAGACUUGUUUUUUCAAAAAUGUCCUUUCUGUCCUCGAGGCCUUGUGAAGAGUCACAGGAUCUGAAUGCGUUUCGCUAAAAAUUUCCCGUAAAAGAUAAUAUAUUUAAAGAGAGAACUGUGAAUGCUCGGAAAGGUAGUUACAAUACUUUUCGUUGUUGGCAUCGCUGUCGAAGAGAAGAGAUCCGUAGAAUCUCGCAGCCUGAAACUGUCGUUGAGUUUCUGAAUGUAAAAAGAGAUCGGAUGGAUGCGAGAGAAGCUGAGAGAGCCAGCGACUCUACUUGGCGGACAAUUAGCCGAUUUUAAAAUUCCGAAAAAAUUACACACUUAUUUUAGAAACGUAGAAUUUCACGUUUCACCGAAGUCGCAGCGUGAAGCGAUUCUAAAGAUGCGGCUAUAGAAUUUAUUUUGCAAAUUAUUUCACAAUCGUUUCUCGUUGCGUACUUAAAUACAAUUACGCUUUGUAAAUUGUCUUUAGAUAUUCGUACCUUUUACUUCUAAGCGUUGCAAUUUCGGUGAACUAUUGUACAUUUCCGGUAUAAUAUACAAGUUAUAGGAAUUUCUUUUAUAGUUUCACCUCGUUUGUUGUAACGGAAAAGUUUGACGGAAUUUUUUAAAGCGUUUCAUUAAUUGUGUGACUGCGACCAGCGUGCUGGAUAAUGUGUGUAAUUUUUCUCGUGUGAUUAAAAUCGUAUUAUUCAAUGUUAAAUGUCGCUUCUCGACGGGCGCAGCGUAACAACGUUCAUUAUACAUUGUUCAAUGCAUUGUCAUUUAAUCCUUGGACGCACGAGAGUUAUUUUUACCUCUUCUCGAUAUUCUCUCAGUUUCCACCGAGAUCGAGUCGGUUUUCUCUUCUAUGUAUUUAAUUUUUAGAGGAGCCUGAAACUGUCCCUUUCGACAAUACUUAAUUCGAAUUUGUCGAGCUUUCGAGAGAAUUAUCGGAAGGCCGCGCACAUCCGAGGAUUAAAUGCGAGAAUGAAGAAUUGACGAAAAUCGUUCGAGACCUUUUUACCAAUUUUACCGAAGGAUAUUGUCCCCGUUUCUGCGACAAGGUGCAUUUGUAAUUUUGUACAGCCUCCGCAUCCUGAUUUGUAACGCGGCGUUAUGAAAUUUUAACGCAAAUUGUAUCGUCCGAGUCGUACACGCGCGAUACUAUUUUCCAACUUUCGGAAAAAAUUGCGGGAGUUGAGAGUUGAAGAACAAAAAAAAAUAAAAAGAAGAUGAGAAUGAACUGAUGUACAGUAUUUCUACGAUUGGUAGUUAGAGCGUUCUUAGGUAUCGGGAAGAGAUGAUCGUUCAUAUUAUACUUAGAAAGACGCGUGUAACUUCGAAUGAGACGACGAAAGACCCUUUCGGUGCACUUUUUUUCGAACGGUGCUCUCCGUAGGUUUAUUCCGGGCCCCGGUGUGUUAGAAAGGGGGAAGGAGAAGAAAAAAAACAGGCGAGGAAUUCGCGCCGGAAACCGCGGUCGCAAGUUAUCUCGAGAGAUGAAGGAUAAGAGCCGCGGGGCGAGGUGGUUUCGCGAAGCCCCGCUAUUUUGUCACAAUAACGUGGAAAAUUCUUAGUCUCGCUGUGAUCCCGUAGUCGUAACUCCGCACCUUUUGUAUAUCGGAUAACAAUAAUCGAAGUCUUCACCCGGCUUCGAUCGGAGGGCCUCUUUACAAAGCGUUUUGAUCGUCGUCGCCUGACUUGUAUCACACUUUCUUGCGUUUUUCGCCCUGUUUUAUAAACACGGAUUAGACACACAUACACACGUACACGGAUGAGGCGCGGAUCACAAAGGACGCACAAGGCCGUCGUCCGCCUAGAUAGCUCACCAAGUAUUUGAUAUACUUGAAAAAUCUAUUUAUAUAUUUGUACGAGGAGCGAGAGAAAGAGAGAGGCCGCUCUCCUCCUCGCGCGUCCAAUUCACGCGAUUGCAUGCGCUAUUUUUCCAGAGCGGUAUCCGAAAACCGUUGCCGCAAGAGGUGAUCUACGGCAUAGACUUCUAAUAAUAGCAGAAUAAUUUUUAUUUGGUGAGCUAUCGCUCUGGCGGAGAAGCGUCAAGGAGAAAAAAAGGAGAGAGAGAGAGAGGAUUGCGCCAUGCCUGGAGUCGGCCAGCAUAUCAUACGUCUAAGGACCAGAAUUGUUUCUUCUUCACUUUGCUUACGAUCGGCGAAUCAAUUAUCUUCCUACGUGUCGAAGAGAAGGAUCGAAAAUGAGAUACAAUAAUGCAAAGACGUGUUACGCCGUAACGAUUUUGCAUACAGUUGCAGACACUUUGCGCGUUUGUUGUGCAACCGGGUCACGCACAUAUUAAUUGGAGAAAAGAUAAAGAGAGAACAAAAAGGACAAGAAAAACACCACGAUUUAGAUAUGUGUAUAUCGGCCUUUCAGUACUACUACCUGCGUAUAUAUAUAUCUGAUAUAUUGAGUACGAAAUGCGUUAUAUAUAUUUUUUACAAUGUGAAGAAUCUGUAAAUAUAUUAUAUAGCGAGUCGAAGUAUACAUAUAUAAAUAUAAAUAUAUAUAUAAAUAUAUAUAUAUAAAUAAUAAAAGGUAAUUAUCUUGAAACUUCCGAAAAAGAUGCGAAGUGUUUCAAAGUGAAUAUCUUUUAUUCGCAAAAGAAAAAGAAAAUGUGCAUUGCACAAUGGGUUAAGUGUAGUCUCGCUCUUUCGUGCAUAAUUGCGUAGAAUGUUAAUAAUUGCGUAGCAACUUGUUAUAAUUUGAAAAGUCACAUGGGCAGGCGAAACUAAAAUGCUGCAAUACAGAAUCAUUUUCUUUUUACUGAUUUA